AUGGCCGCCCCACAAGCUGAAGCUCCCAUGCCGCCUGCAAACGCAGAUUUGCAGACGACAUGGGCAUAUCUUGAGGAGGGCGUCGAUCAUAUCAUGACCCGUCUCAAGGACGGCAUCUCGUAUUCGAAAUACAUGAAUCUCUACACCGUGGCUUACAACUACUGCGUGUCCUCGCGUAUGCACGGUAAUCUGGACAGCAGCGUCGGUCUUGGAGGUCGCACGGGAGCCAACUUGAUGGGCUCAGAUUUGUACAAUAAUCUGAUCCGAUACUUUGUCAGUCAUCUGACAGAGCUUCGAAAUGCAUCCGACUCCAUGGUGGAUGUCGCUCUCUUGACGUACUAUGCGGCGGAGUGGGAUAGAUACACGACUGGAGCAAACUAUGUAAACCGACUGUUUACCUAUCUGAACCGACAUUGGGUAAAGCGAGAGAAGGACGAGGGUCGAAAGAACGUCUACCAAGUCUAUACUCUGGCGCUCGUUCAAUGGAAAGUCAAUUUCUUCAUCCAUGUACAGAACAAGCACACAAAGCUUGCAUCGGCUAUUCUCAAGCUCAUAGAAGCUCAACGCAAUGGAGAAACGAUUGAUCAAAGUUUGGUGAAGAAAGUGAUCGAUUCAUUUGUCUCAUUGGGCUUGGAUGAGACCGACUCGAACAAGGCGUCUCUCGAAGUGUACAAGGAACACUUCGAGGUUCCUUUCAUUGCAGCUACGGAGAAGUACUACAAGGCAGAGUCAGAUCUCUUCCUCGCGGAAAAUACGGUGUCGGACUAUCUCAAGAAGGCAGAGGAACGCUUGAGAGAAGAGGAGGACCGUAUUGAACGGUAUCUGAACGCAAACACCCGCAAGACGGCAUGUCUAGCUUUUCCAUUAUCUCACUGUGAACACGUCUUGAUCAGAGAACAUGCCGAGAAGAUGUGGGAAGACUUCCAACAGCUCUUGGACUAUGACAAGGACGAGGAUCUGCAGCGGAUGUAUGCCCUCCUCGCUCGUAUUCCUGAGGGUUUGGAGCCCCUUAGGAAGAAGUUUGAGGAACACGUCAAGCGUGCCGGCCAAUCCGCCAUCUCCAAGCUGGUUGGUGAGGGUGGUGCCAACGUCGAUUCUUUGGAGCCAAAGGUCUACGUUGAUGCACUUCUGGAAGUGUAUCGCAAGAACCAGCACACUGUUCAACGAAGCUUCAAGAAUGAGAUGGGCUUCGUUGCCGCUCUUGACAAAGCCUGCAGAGACUUUGUCAAUCGCAAUGCUGCCACCGGCACUUCGACCACCAAGUCCCCAGAGCUGCUUGCCAAGCACGCCGAUGCCUUGCUACGCAAGAGCAACAAGCUGGCCGAGGAGGGUGAUCUCGAAGAGGCACUCAACCAAGUGAUGAUCUUGUUCAAGUACAUUGAUGACAAGGACGUGUUUCAAACGUUCUACACCACCAAGCUUUCGAAGCGCCUCAUUCAUGGAGUAUCUGCGUCUGACGAGGCUGAGGCGAGCAUGAUCUCAAAGCUCAAAGAUGCUUGUGGUUUCGAAUACACCAACAAGCUUCAGAGAAUGUUCACGGACAUGAGCUUGAGCAAGGAUCUUACCGAUCAGUUCAAGGAGCGUAUCGAGCAGUCUGGAGAUACCACCGGAGGCGAUGUUGGCUUCUCAAUCAUGGUCUUGGGUACCAACUUCUGGCCCCUCAAUGCACCAACUCACGAAUUCAUCAUCCCUCGUGAAAUCCUUCCAACGUACGAGCGCUUUACACGCUAUUACCAAAAUAAGCACUCUGGUCGCAAGCUUACAUGGCUCUGGAACUAUUCGAAGAACGAGCUUCGAACAAACUACCUCAAUCAAAAAUACAUCCUCAUGACCAGCGCCUACCAAAUGGCCGUCCUUAUUCAAUAUAAUGCAAACGACACGCAGUCCUUGGAAGAGUUGAUCACUGCUACCGGUAUCACCAAGGAUCUCUUGGUUCAAAUCUUGAGCGUGCUCGUCAAGGCCAAGAUUUUGAUCAACGAGGAGACGGAUCAGUACGAUUUGAACCCCAACUUCAAGUCGAAAAAGAUUCGUGUCAACCUCAACUUGCCGAUCAAGGCAGAGGUCAAGGCGGAGGCUGUCGAUGUUCUUAAAGCAGUGGACGAAGAUCGUAAAUACGUGAUUCAGGCAACUAUUGUUCGCAUCAUGAAGGCGCGAAAGACCUUGAAGAACCAAGCACUGAUUCAAGAAGUCAUUUCGCAAAUCAGCGCACGCUUUACUCCCAAAAUUCCCGACAUCAAAAAGGCCAUUGAAACUCUUCUCGAAAAGGAGUAUAUUGAACGUGCAGAAGGUCAACGCGAUACCUUCAACUACCUUGCUUAA